CGUGUUUACGACUGCUCUGGCACGGUGCCAUCAUUCAAAUCAUCCACACUCGCACAGUCGCUGCUGCAGGCUGGCCGCGUUCAGUUCAGGGAGAGUUUGUUCCGUCUGAUCCUAUUGGAGCGUCUGCACUGUUACGAAGGAAGUUUAUCGAUCCACUGCGGGCAUUAUUCACUUUAUUCUGCACGUCUCUCUCCUGUAAAUCCCUUCCUAUCAUUUUUCCCACAUUUUCUUGCGCGUGAUGUAGCCUUUACGAAGAUCAGAAGAUUUGUCGUGUGUUUUCGUCGCACUCGCAGCAGACACUGGUUUGUUUUUGCCAGUCCUUCUGUGAUCUGUAUUAAAUCGUCCAGGUGGCGGAAUGGGCAACGCCAGCGUGACGUCGGCGGCGCACGAGAAGGUGGAGAUCAUGUCGCAGACGCACACGGGCAGCGGGGGCCCUCAGGGGGCGGGGGGCUGCACAGUAUGGCGGCGGGGGCGCUGGGCUCGCUGCCCCUCGGCCUAGGCGGGGGCCACCACCACGGCCACCCGCAGCACGCCCCCGGGGGCGGCGGCGGGGGGAAGGGCGCCCCCGGGGGCGGGGAGAAGCUGACGGCGGAGCAGCUGCGCAAGCGCGGCAACGAGCUGUACGAUAUGCGCCGCUACCCGGAGGCCAUCGACUGCUACACCAAGGCCAUCAUGAAGGACCCCUCGGUGCCGACGUACUACACCAACCGCGCCCUGUGCUACCUGCGCGUGCAGCGCUGGGAGCUGGUGUGCAAGGACUGCCACAUGGCCGUCGAGCGCGACGCCACCUGCCUCAAGGCCUACUACUUCAUGGGCGUGGCGCUCAUGGAGAAGAACAGCUUCGACGAGGCGCUCAACUUCCUCUGCAAAGCGAAUGAUCUGGCCAUGAAGCAGCGGCAGUGCUUCGGCGACGAGAUCACCUGCAUGAUCCGCGCCUGCCGCAAGCGGCGCUGGUCGCGGCAGGAGGAGAAGCGCAUCCAGCAGGAGCUGGAGCUGCAGACGUACCUGCACCGGCUGCUGGAUGAGGAGAAGCAGCGCCAGAUCGACGAGAUCAUCCAGCGCAGUCUGCCGGUGGCGGUGGCCGUCAGCAGCGGCAGCGGCCGCGUCUCGUCGUCGCAGUCGCAGUCGGCCGGCCGCAGUCUGCCGUCCUCCAUGACGCGGCUGACCAGCGCCGACAGUCUCCUGGAGGCCCAUCCCGCCGCCGUCCAGGCAGCGGAGGAGCCGGCGGCCGGUCCGUCGACGGCGGUCUUUCAUUCCAGCGGCGACGUCAUCGCGCAGGCGCCGGCGGCGCGAGCGACGCUGUCGGAGGCGGCCAUCGGUGAGGCGCCGACGGUGUUGCGCAGUCACUCGGAGAAGAAUCUGAGCAGCAUCGUGGACGGGCGCAUCAGCGAGGUGGAGCGCUUCCAUCAAGAGAAGAAGGCGGAGCUGGACCGGCUGCUGGCCGAGAUGGACGACCGGCGCAAGAAGCGCGACGUGCCGGACUAUCUGUGCGGCAAGAUCAGCUUCGAGCUGAUGCGCGACCCGGUCAUCACGCCCAGCGGCAUCACCUACGACCGCCGCGACAUCGACGAGCAUCUGCGCCGCGUCGGCCACUUUGACCCGGUGACGCGCAGCGACCUGACGCAGGAGAUGCUGGUGCCCAAUCUGGCCAUGAAGGAGGUGGUCGACCACUUCCUCUCCCUCAACGAGUGGGCCGUCGACUACUGACACUUGUAUCGGUGACAGGAAACACCGUUAACCAACGCCCGUUACUAUGCCCGUACACGUGGCGGCCUCCCGCCCGCGGGAGCCGCGCCACGCCGACCCGUAUCCCGCUAAUCUGUCUAUGGAUUCAGUCCGUUCUGCUUGUAACCCGCUUAACCGUCUUGUGAUACGAUACACGAUACGAUUUUAACGCGGCUCGCUUCCGUGCUUUUUCCUCACAAAAUUAAUUAUAGCUUUAUCCAGGUUUGCCCGGCUUCCGGUUGCACUUGCACCCGUCGUUGUUUCUUGGUUUUUGUUCGGUAUGUUACUGAUGUUUGUUGCUUCGUUGUUCCGUUGUGCAUGUUAUACGGAUCAUUUCGCUGCGUUCAUCGUUGUACAAUUCGUUGAUUACAUAGUAUUUUGACAUUAAUAUUGGUUGAGCGCUGCACGUGCUCGCAUCCGUACAUUGGUUAUCAUAAAUCAUUGAAUCUACGUCGUACCUAUCUGCUGAUUGUGCUGAAGCAGUCGGAUAAUGUUACCUAUUCGCA